GUACCGCAUAAAAACGGGCCUGGCCAGGGAGUGAGGCGGCCAACCAAUCAGGUAAGGAGCAGCAAAGCUUAGCCGGCCACCAUGCUAUCGGGGCAGCAGAUGAGGAUGUUCUCCAAGGUGGAUCCAAGCUUGAACGCGGCCGUCCGUGGUGAUAAGGUGGUUCUUGUCCGUGCUGACCCCACCGACGAGUCCCAGCGCUGGAUCCAGGACCACGACAACGUCGGGAGAGUGACCGAUGCGCAGGGUCGCAGGGCAUUUGCACUGGUGAAUGUGGCCACAGGAAAAGCCCUGGUGCACGCCAGGGGGAAACUGCAGCUGGCUCCAUAUGCAGGUCAUGAUGGCGUGGAGAUCUCCAAGCUGUGGUCACUGGGAGUGAAGUUCGAUGAUGGCUUUUGCGAAGUAAGAGAUCUCAGUAACAUGGACCGCACUAUCAACGUUACAGGAGGGAUGGGAGUUGAUCUCGUCCGGUACCACAAAUCGGAACUAACUUACGAUUUUACCGUCUGGAAGAUUGUCCCAUCACCAGCGAGUGAUCCACGCAGGUUUUCUGUACCUAUGACUGCCACCCAAAGAUGA